UUUUCGUUUGUUUGUCCUAUUCUUCUUCCGGUGUGGAUGCCGCAGCUGUGUUUAUGGUUUCAAAAUGACCAAACUGCAGCUGUUGAACGCUUACCUGACAGAGCGGCUGGCCGUGGUGGUGAGGGAGAUCCUGGACGUGGUCGGGGACACCGUGACCGAGUACCGGGAGGAGACAGCCCGAGCGAAACGGGAGAACGAAAGCCUGCGGAGACAGCUGCGGGACAUCCUGCUGCUGGAGGCCGAGACGGACUGGCUGAGGUCCACCAGGCCCAGUCUACCUUUUGCAGCCGCUGAGCAGCAGUCCAGUGAGCAGGAGCUGAGAUCCUGUUCAGAGGAGCCAGACUCAUCUCUGAGCCAGACUAAACAGGCUCCAGCCAGAGCGCUGAGCCGGCAGCAUGAGCAGGUUGUGUCUGUGCAGUUACUGUCGGUCCAGAGCAGGACUCCGCCCGUGCAGCCGCCGCAGGACCAGCUGGAAGGACCGGAAGAAGUCGACAAGAAGCCCAGGCCUCAGGAGCCUGUACUGAAGCCUGAGCCUGACCCUGACCCUCAGCAGGAGGCUUUUGUAAACGCCCUGCCUCUCACCUCCCAGUCCAGCCUCAACACUCCCUCUGCCUCUGGCCCCAACAUUCACACUGACACUUCAGCGCACAGAGAGGAGCCUCUCGCUCCCGUUCAAACGCUAAUCAAAACUGAACCGGCAGAAUACGAAGUGAUGGCGGCUGACCCUGAAAGUCACACCACGUCGGUCUUCUCAGACUCUCUGGCACCACACGGCCACACUCGCAUCGCACCGGACGAGGCAAGUUUUAGAAAUGUGUCAGACGUGGAUAGAAUGGGGUCGGUGCGUGCGGACCGACGUGAAGGUCAUCGAACCAAGAAGGGCCCCCAGGAUAAGCUGCCUUUGAGCGAUAUGGCUGACGAAAGCAUAGUCACAACAGCUGGUCACAGGCAGGAGGCCGUGCAUCGCUGUCCCCGCUGUGGGGAGUCCUUCAGCCAGGCCAGCAGCCUCCGCCUCCACAUGGAGCAGAAAAGAAAAACCUACGCCUGCGACUGGUGCUGCAAAUCCUUCGCCCAGUCAGCUGACCUGCGGCGCCACCUACGCACUCACACAGGAGAGAGACCCCAUCGCUGCACCUUUUGCUCCAAGAGUUUCAGCCAGAGAGGCAAUCUGAGGAGACACCUGCGCAUCCACACGGGGGAAAGGCCGUACAGCUGCCCGUACUGCUACCGAACGUUCAGCGACGGCGACACCAUGAAGAAGCACAAACGCACUCAUUCUGGAGAGAGGCCCUACCGCUGCCUACAGUGCUCAAAGACUUUCACCAGCGCCAACGGACUGCAGAUCCAUCUAAAGAAGGACAUGUGCUUUGUGUCCAGCGCGUGAUCAGUCGGUUCAGGACGUGGCAGCGGGCUCCAGUGGGUGUGGACUGGCGUCAGAGCAGAGAGAGAGAGAGAGAGAGAGAGAGAGGUGUCAGGGUGCAGCGUGGGCGGGGCGCUGACUGAUGCAUUCAUGGUUUUGAGGCGGCUGCACUUUGGCACCUGCAGCAUCCAUGCCUUCUCAUUUAUUUGUCUAUUUAUUUGUACGUUUUUGCUGUGAUGUUGGACUCUUACGUUUGUUAUGUUUUUCACCAGGCACCUGUCACAUCAUGAGGAAAUAUGUACCAUUUUGGUCCGUAAGUCAACCAGAAAAUGGAUUUAGCGUUGUUAGCAUUCCUUCAAAACAAACGGCUGCCUCUAGCUCGAAACAGCCCAGUUUGUGGCCAGUAGUGCCCCUUGGUUUCAGUGAUUAAUGCUAAAAUACUGGAGCCUAUUUUAACACGCUAAUGCACAACACGGGUCAAAUGUGACCCGAGUUUUCAUUUUAUGUAUCUUUGUAUUUAAUGCAUUUUAUUACAUAGUAUUCCAUUGAUUCCUUAUGUUUAUUUUUCUUUUUUACUUUUUGGAUAAAAAAGAUUUUUGUAUUACUACCCCAUGAAUGUACAGCAUGGGUCAAAAUGUCAAAAAUGACCCGGGCUCAUUUCUUAUUUAAUGUGAUGCAUCACUGAGUGUUUCCUAGCUAAUUUAUUUCAGUAUCAUGUAUCAUGUACACUAAUUGAAUAUCUUGUUUUUCAAUAGCAAAAUUACUUACUUUAUGAAUAGGUGCACAGUUGACAACAGUAAAAUAGGUUCCCAACUGCAAAUAUGCACAAAAAUCAGCAGUUCCAAUCAAAUGCCAUUGUUUUUGAUCCAUGUCUGCAAACCUGAGGUAGUAAUACAAAAAUGGUUGACAUUCACAAAGUAAGAACGGCAAAAUGAAUUAAGUUAGCUAAAGACAAAUGUAGAAACUGCUUCCAGAUGUUCUUACUAAUGUCUCCUGCAGGAAAACUAACUCACACUGAAGUGACUCUAAUCAAAAUGCACAGGCCGGAAAGAGCUUUUACAUCAAACCAACCUUACAAAUUGACAGCAGUGGUGUAUCUCGUGCAGGGAGUCUCUUAAGAUGGCAGAAAUCUUUUUGCUGCGGGCCAUGUGCUGUGCUCCAUAACACUUUAACACAGCGUGAGAUGGAAAGCUGGCUCUCAUGUUUGUACAACAGUCAACGCUGCAUGACCCCUCCCACACGGACCUCACUGUUGUCUUUUCAAAAUAAUUUUUUAACAUCAGGUACAAAGUCUCACUUGAGUCAAGAAAUGCAACAUGUUUAGAAGUCACCUGUGGGCAGUGUGGGGGUUAUCUCCCAGUCAGUUGCAGCCAAAAAAUUAAAAAAAAAAAAAAAAAAAGCUUAAACAAGUGGAGCAAAUAUUCCCAUUCGGAUGAAUUCCUUUAUUGUUUAGCUCAGCAGCACUGUGCUCUGGUUUGGUGAGCUGAUUUCCCACGAUGGUGCAAGGACUAUGAGGGUUGAAGGAAUAAUUGUAGGUUGCAAGCCCAAGUAACCUCCUUAUGUAAAUGAAGAAGUGUUUGGCACCAUCAGGAAGGGCAGUAAUACACUGUUUUCUCAACGCAAGUAGUUCUCACGAGCUAAGAUGAACUCCAGACAGACGUAUCGGAGUUCAUUUGUGUUGUAAGUGACGCUAAUUAACGAGUUAGAAGAGGCUAAUCUUCUCGGUCAGUAUCCUGCUUCAAAGUAGACUGAUUUGCACAAUACUAACAGUAGAAAAAAAAAUAUCUUAUUUUCGUGUUAGAACGCUUGGAUCAUCCAUCAUGUACCGGACUGUCAGAUCCUUACCCCUGGGUAGUGAUUCUGCGUAAGUAACAGUUACUAUUUCACAGGAAAAUGUUAGAGAUGGUGACAGUGAGGCGAGACUGGACACUCCUUUGGACUGCAGAAAUUACAGAGAACAGACUUGUGAUAUUUCACACUUUUCUCCGUCAAGAUCCACAGAAAGCAAGAAGGGACAUCACAGCUGAACAAGCCUAGGAGAGAACAGACUCAUACUGUGGCAUAGAUGGGAGUGUGUCUAAGUGUGUGUGUGUGUGUGUGUGUGUGUGUGUGUGUGUGAGUGAGUGAGAUUUCUGCAGAGCCUUCCUUUGUGUGAUUGUCAGUAUUUUGCACUGAUGUGCAAGGCAUCCCAUUGGAUUGGAAAAGAAAAAAAAAAAUCACAGAGAUGCACCACGGUCCAAUAACUUGCUAUUUUGAAUCAUUUAAGUCCAAAUUUGU